UCUCACACACAAUUUAGUGGCAAUCAUAAGAACUUGAAAAAAGCUGAAAUUGACACACCAGUCCCUCAGUGUGACGAUGAUGAUGACGACGAAGAAGGAUGGAUAACACCAGACAAUAUAAUGAAAUAUCAAGAAAAAGAACAAAUUUUAAAUGUAAAAACAAAGAAAGAUGAAUCCGUGGAUAUUAAGGUUGCAUGCAUGACAACUGAUUAUUCCAUGCAAAACGUUUUGUUACAAAUGGGUUUGAAUUUAGUCUCUGUUGAAGGAGCUAGAGUUAAAAAAGUGAAAAGUUGGGUUCUUCGGUGUCAUGCGUGUUUCAAAAUAACUACCAAUAUGGAAAAACAAUUUUGUCCUUCUUGUGGUGGUGCUACUUUAAUUCGCACAUCAACUAGUACAGAUAUGAACGGCAAGGUGACUUAUUAUUUAAAAAAGAAUUUUCAAUAUAAUCUACGUGGAACUAAGUAUUCAAUACCAAACCCAAAAGGUGGUCGUGAUGCCAAUAAUCUUAUUCUUCGCGAGGAUCAAAAGGAGUAUCAAAAGGCCGUGAAGAAUUAUCGUAAACAAAAAGAAGUGGAUAUAUUUGAUCCAGAUUAUGUACCUAAACUUUUCAUUGGAUCUGGCUCUUCGACUUCUUGUGGAGCUCCAGUGAUUGGCUACGGUCGUAGAAAUCCUAACGAAGCUACGCGAGGGAAAGGUAAAGGAAAGAAAAAACGAUGA